AUUUGACAUUAAGUAUAAAAGCAGGGCUCUUUCUAGAGCUUCACAAAAUCUUCACUGAAGUUCUGAAAGCAACGACCUGAAAACCAAGGUUCAUCAUGACAGUGCUGAGAAGUCUUCUGCUUCUUUUCAUUAUGUAUUCCGUUGUGAAUGCAGAAGAUGAAAAGUGCCCCAAUGGAUGGACAAAUUUUGGAGUCAAAUGCUACAAGUACUUCCCUCAUUCAGUUAACUGGAUCACUGCAGAGAGAUUCUGUCAAACCUAUGAUGCAAAUCUUGCAUCUGUGCAUAAUAAACUGGAAAAUGAUCUUCUGCUGAGCCUGGUACCUUCUUCCACACGUUUUUGGACUGGUGCUCAGGAUGGUGAACAAGAAGGACAGUGGAUUUGGAGUGAUGGAAGUCCCUUUGACUACGCCAGCUGGUGCUCUGGAGAACCCAACAAUGCAGGAAAUAAAGAGAACUGCCUGGAGCUGGCCUAUAGCUCUAACCGUUGCUGGAACGAUCUGACAUGUUCAGAACAAGUUGCCUUUGUCUGUGCUAAAAACCUGUGAGAUCACAUGCAGUCAUCCUGCUCUACAGUUACAUGAUUGUACUACAUACAUUUACAUUUUCUGAUCUUAUCCUUUUAUAAAACAUAAAUCUGAACUUGAACUUGGAUCUCUUAUUCAAACUUGAAUCUUUUCUCAAUACCUUCCCUAAACACUCUAAUCAAUAAAAGCAUUGAUAAAGCAUA